AUGGAGAAUGAAACGAAAAAUGAUUUAGUAAAUCAAACAAAGAGAAUCUUACUGAUCGGAACACCAGCGUCCAGAACUAUGCCGUCGUUACAUCCGAUGAAAUCACAUCAGUUUGCAAUAGGCAUCUCAUUAGCACUCUUAUCCAGUUUGUUUAUCGGUUCGAGUUUCAUUUUAAAGAAGAAAGGCUUACUCAAGUUAACCCAUCACUUGGGAGUAGUUCGAGCAGGAUCCGGCGGCUUUGGUUAUCUCUAUGAGAUUCAAUGGUGGACUGGACUGUUAGCCAUGGGUAUUGGAGAGGCUUGUAAUUUUGCAGCAUAUGGAUUUGCUCCGGCAUCGAUUGUCACUCCUCUUGGUGCACUGUCAGUUCUAGUCAGUGCUCUGUUGGCUGUUCGAUUCUUGAAUGAAAACUUGACUACGCUUGGCAAGAUCGGCUGUCUUCUGACUGUUGCUGGUUCGAUUAUUCUUGUGAUUCAUGCACCAAAAGACAAUGAUGUCACUUCUCUGUCAGAUUUUGCUCAAAGAGUCAGAUCUGCCGAAUUCGUUUUCUUCUCAUUAUUUACAUGUGGUGUCCUUCUCGUGUUGAUCUUCUACUAUGCACCUCGUAUGGGUGCUAAACAUGUUUGCAUAUACAUUCUGAUUUGUUCUCUACUCGGUGCAUUCACCGUCACAGCUUGUAAAGGUUUGGCGACAGGAUUGAAAGAAUUAUACAUGCACGAACACACAUAUUCAAUGUGGUUGACAUUGAUCUGUGCGUUGACGAUUAUUAGUUGUAUUUUGAUCCAAAUGGUGUAUCUCAACCGAGCGUUAGAUCUGUUCUCAACACCAGUUGUAACAACUGUUUAUUAUGUGUUAUUUACAACGUGUAUUCUCAUAACAUCGGGUAUACUGUUUCGCGAAUGGCGUCUAUUGACAUUCGUGGAUGUUGUUGGUUGUGUUGUUGGAUUUGUUGUUGUCACGUGUGGACUGAUUUUGAUCAAUUAUUUGAAAACGAUGACAGUGUCCAUCGACACAGAAUCUGCAGAUGUGAAUGAUGACUCUCUUCUUUCAUCGUUCUCGUCAGCUUCACAAUUUCUUGCACUUGGCUCAUGUGAUCCUGUAUCAACGAAACAAUCGAACUAUGCUCCAAUCAAAUCCUAUGCUGAUCUCUUACAGAAUGAGGAUGAUUGCUCAUUACGAAUGAAUAUUCCUAACAAAUACGAUCAAUCAAUAUGA